AGAACCGAAUAGACUCGCUGUGCCAACAGUACAGUUCAGUCCUGGAUUACUGGAGAUCAGAAACCGGGUUAGACGAACAAAAGCAGAUGGAGUGACGGAGAGACCAUUGCCAAACCAGAAACACUUCACGGUGCGAUUGCACAUCUCUUCCAGACCUCGCCAAGAGAUGUGGCUGUUGGAAAAGAUCCGUGGUUCAGUGGAGGGGAACGUUUCCCGUAUGGGCGGAGACUCGGACAAACAGAUCAAAGCCCCCACCUACUGCAACGUACUCACUCCAGACAAAAUUCCAGACUUUUUUAUUCCACCCAAACUGGUGUGCUGCCCCCCAGAGGCAGAGACACCGGAGAUGAAGCCCAAAAACGGGCUCCACUCAUCUAGGUCUGAACAGACCAUAUGUUGCAAAACGCCGCAGGCCGGUCAGCGGAGCCCGCGACUCAUUAACAAGCUCGCCGGGGACACAAAGAACUUGCUGAAAGCUGCAAACCGGCACAUUAUCCAGAUUGAGAGCGCAGAUGAUCUGGUGGUCGGGGAAGGUGGUGACCUCGACACGAAUGCUGACCCGCAAUCCCAGACGGCCAUGUCACUGCCCUAUGUUCCAAAAGCUCAAACCUCCUAUGGUUUUGCGACGUUGAUGGAGAGUCCUCACACGCGCCGUAAAGAGUCCUUGUUUCACAGCGACCCCACGAGUCCACUCACCUCGCCCAACACUCAGCGCAAAUCCCAGGGGAACCACUUGAACCCCAGCAACUGUAACGCUUCCCAUUCCAACCCCUACAGGUACUUCAGCGGUGGGGAGAGCGACACGUGUUCCUCAGCCGAGUCCUCCCCUUUCAAUUCCCCGCUACUGUCCCGCUCAGCGUCCCUCCUGAAGAUGUUCACCCACGAGACCCAAGCCAAAGUGUCUCGUGCCAAACGUUCCUUCGCCCGGCACAGUUCUCUUUCCACGGACGAAUGCAGCUCCGUGGAGACCAGCCCGAACAUUCAGCGGCGUUUCCGUUGCCCUCCGUCCCCGGCGUUCCGCGGACGAAAAUCCGGAGGCAACAUGGAUCGCUUCACGCAGCACACCGUCAACCUCCACAAAGGAGGAACCCUGCGCCUCUGCACGGACUACGACAUGGACGCUGCCAGGCUUCACAUCCGCGUUCUGGCCGCAGAGGACCUUUACGAUAAGCAGUUUGACAUAAAGAGCAUCAAUUGCUGCGUGGCUCUAUAUCUGAACCCAGGGAAGCUCCAGAAACAGCGGAGCACGAUCAUCAAAAACAGCCGUAACCCAGUCUUUAACGAGGACUUCUACUUUGACUCCCUUCCAGUAGCACAGGUCAAAAACCUGGCCAUCAAGAUGAAGGUGGUUAACAAAGGCACCAGUCUGAAGAGAGACACCUUGCUCGGAGAGCGGGAGGUCCCUUUGAAAGAGCUGCUGUCUGGGAUCUAGAACCUGAUUGCUUUUGCCAGCAUGGGACAAACAAAGAUGCAUCUAACACCGCAGAGUAAAAUUAAGUUGUUUUCAAUUGUUUAGAGCCUCAAUUGCUUUUGUGCAGAAUGCAUGAGUGAUGGUGUAAGGUCCUUUGUAAAUAGAGCGUAUGAGCGUACGGGCAUCCUCUGAUAGUAUGUGUGUGCGUUCCUAGGGUUUGUUUUUUCUCUGAGAUGAAUGCUUCUGUUGACUCUGCUGGGUCUUACAUUUGAUGAUGCAAAUAGAUUUAAAAAACAGCUGCCUUUCCACAAAGCAUGUACUAAAAGCAGCAGAAUAUCCAUAAAUAUAUAAAUUACAGACCGAAGCUUUGAAGUCACCCAAGGCCAGUCACCAGGUGCAACUGAUCUGAUGUAUGAGCCUAUCAGUUUCCAAAAGUGAUUAUUUUUUCGCACUGCUCUAUAAUCGUGUUUGAGAUUAUGUCUCUAUAUUUCCACACUAAGUACGAGACUGAUAUUUCUCUAAGGCUGGAUUUACACUGCAGAUCUUGAUGCCCAAUUCCGAUUGGUUACUAUAUCCGAUUAUUGACAACCUGUUUACAUCAAGUAAAAUUUUGUGAUAUGCAAUGACCACAGACAAAAUGAUUAUACAAGAUUAUAGAGCUUUAUUUCUGUAACAAGACAUAAAACAUCCACUAAGUACACCUGUAGUCCUCCAUUGCGCUGCUUAAAAGAGUAAUGAUCGUGGGUGGUGUACUCCUGACUCCAGUCAUGUCAUUUGGCAGCGUCACAUUUUCAGUGAUGCAUGGGAAUAUCCAAUCUGUCAUCUUACAUUGUGGACACAAAUGCAUGUAUACAAUUCAUAUGCAAUUUAUUUCCACAUAUGAAUGAGGCCUGAAACCGAUAGGAGAAUGUUGGAAUCUAUGCCCUUUUCCUGCUCAAGGGCUACUCGUCGGUUUUCUGUGUCGUCAUCCACGUCAAUGUGCAGUUACACAUGCAGACCACAAGUAGGCAGUAUCCACGUGUAUAACCCACAGUAGCAGUGCAACAGCCAAAGAAGAACCAGCUUGGAGAGUAAACCCACAAACAAAGAAGAACCAGCAGCUUUUUGUGUAUGAUUUGAGAAGACAAGCAGUGAUGAAGGUAAAUAGACAGCAACUUUUGUUGCAGUUUGAAGUAAAUCACUCCUUAACUUGGUCCAUCUUUGUUCUUACCAUUGCAAGUGGAAAUGCCUAUGAAGAAAUGCAAGGCAGAUUUGCUUUACCUGAAGGGAGGGGUUCUAGUGACCAACCACAGCGCUUAUGUUCCACGUAGAACGGACGCGUUGUUAAAAUUUUGCCGAGGUGUGCGUCAGGCUAUGCACAGCCUACGCAUAACCUACCCAUGACUAUAAAUGACACUUUACACAUCCGUGGGUCAUAUCCAAUCUGUGCCACUUGAGGAGGAAAAUCGGAAUUGAGUCAUUUCAAACAGCAGUGUAAAUGCGGCCAACAUCUCACUUUUGAAGUCUCUUCGUUUUAAAAUGUUGAUCGGUGCAGUUUCCGUCGUCGAACACCAUUCAGCCUUAUCGACUGGCAAGCGCUUCAGAGUUUUAGCAAGGGUGGGAUUGAUGAUCGGACAGAACGUAUGACUGUAUAAAUGAAUUAUGUUAACAGUAUGCUACAUUUGAUUGAAGUUAUUUACUUGUUUCAAUGUAAAGUUUAUUUGAGUGUGCAUUUGACGAGAAAUCCAGAAUUAGAUGUCUUGUUUAAUUAUAUUGUAUCGUAACACUAAGAAAAAAGAACCAAAAUGAAGGUAUUUUUUUAAGUAUAGUGUGUGAAUGUAAAUAUGGCAAAUAUCGCGAUGUUACUUUGGUAUAUUUGGAAGUACUUUGGAGUAUUGUGUAAAUACCAUGGUACAUAAAUACUCGUGUUUGUUUGUAAAUUAACUUUGAAUUUCCAUCGGCUGCGGAUCCGCUGCGGAACGGUGGCGGAGUCAAUCGGUUUCCAUUCAAAGUCAAUGUAUGUAUUUCCACUGACUGCGUUCCGAAUCUGUCACAGCUCCGGCCAUCCGCAGCCCUCCAGAACAAAUAAGCAGAGCUUCUAUUUUUUCCGGAUGACGGACAGCUCCGCAGGGCGGAGCCAUGACUAUUUUGCGUGAUCAUUCGUGAAUUCGCGAGAUCUUGUGAUGUGAUCUGGGCUGGUCCAGCAAAACGUUAUAAUUUAACGUCAUAAUGGGCGGAGACAGAACUAGAUAUCGCACGAUCAUCACGUGAAUUUACGAGACCUCAUGGGUCCUCGUCACUUCAGCGCGCAGCCGCUCUGCAACAAAUACGAAACUAGUGGCGGAGCGGCGGAGUGCGGGGCGUAACGCAGCGGAGCAGCCGCUCCGCAGUUGGUGGAAAUCCGGGGUCAGUUGUUGAACCUGUGCACCUUAUUAGAGUACAUUGUUGUUUUGCAUCGUGAGUAAAUUUGGAGUUUACAUAUGGAGUUUACAACAAAAAGGUGUUUGGAGGAUCGUUCUUCUGUUACGUUUUGGCAUGUUCAUAGUCAAUUGCGCAAAGAUGUUUGGCAGUGGGAGCUGAUGCAUGGCAAAAUGUACAAUUCCUUAUAUUAUUGAGUCAAAUGGUGAACGUGUGAGGUAUUUGCUUCUCCCGUACUGAAUCGAUGUCGACAUCACUGUUUUGUACAAUUAAUGUAAAGUGAACGUCCCUACAAAUGAUUAAAAUCCAGAUUAAUUUUAACCCACUCAUAUUAUCUAUUAUAAUGGCUGCAUUUCUGUAUCUCUCUUGCCCUGUAGAGAUUGCCCAUUUAAAUCCGAUAGCGACACCCUUUGCUCUUAAAAAGCGAAGGUGCUUCAUGAUGAAUCAUUAUUGGCCGAAUGGUUGUUCCAUAAAAACCUUCAACAUUCAUAGAUGUCUUAUUACGGGGCUUCAGAUCAAGGCAACAGAGCAUCACAUCCAAAGUCAUUUGAUUUCACAAAUCAUUUGCAUAUCUUUAAAGGUGAAGCGUGUAAUUUUUGUGCCAUUUGCGGCACCACAUGGCAUUACGCAAUUAUUAGAUCUUACAUUUUCUGACGCUGUCAAUGGGGUGGUACCCAUUCAAAGAGUACACCUUUGUACCUUAAAGGGGUCAUAGUGUAAAAACUUUUUUAUCAAGCGCUAUAAUUGGGUCCCCAGUGCUUCUAUCAACCUAGAAAAUGAUCAACCCAGUAACUUAGUUUUGGUAAACCGUUCUCUGAAGCACGUGAAAAAAGUUGGUUAUUCAGAUUUCGCCUGUUUUGUGAUGUAGGUAGCCAGGCCAAUUAUAAUAAUACCGCCCCUUAAUCUGCACUAUCCAACCACAGCACUGCCAUUUAGUGCAGCAAAGAGAGAAAGAGAGAGAAAAUAAUUGACAGCAGAAUUGGGUUUCAAAUACAACAAACCACCAUUAUGGUGAUCAGUGUAUGUAUUUAAUCAGCUCAUUUGCAUUUUAAAAGACACACCCCAAAACGGCACAUUUUUUAUAAACUAUCUAUGGUAUUUUGAGCUAAAAAUUCACAUACGCACUCUGGGGACACCAAAGGCUUUUUUACAUAUUAAAAACAAUCGCAUAAUAUGAUCCCUUUAAGUCUGCAUAUUGGUAUGUCAAAUAUCACCUAAAUGGUACAUAUAAGGACCUUUUCAAAGGGUACCAUCCCAGACACAGCUUUUGUACCUUUGUUCUGACAAAAUUAGCUGCCACUGUAGCACGCUUGUGUGAGUGAUCUCGAGGGCAUUGAUAUGCGGUUGCUAAGGUGCUGGUAGUGCAUUGCUAUGCAGUUCUUAAUGCUUUUAGCAGUGAAGCCUAGUUGCUAGUGGUUUCCAGUUAAAGAGCUCCUCCCCUUGAGCCACACAUCUGAAUUUAAGUAGGUAAAGGUUUCGACAUUAAGCAGGAACAAUAGUUACAGUGAUGCUCACCUUUUCAAACAACAUCAUUAUGGUGCUCCUGUAGCUUAAUUGGUUUAGUCUUUGGAUUUGAUUCCCAGGGAACACACUGAUAAAAGUCGCUUUGGAUAAAAGUGUCUAUGGAACCACAUAAUUGUAAAAGUUAAAUUUUUUUCCAAAGUGGUUUCCCAAACACCCUCAAAUUAAUGCCAUUGGGGUUAGACGUUAAAAACGGCUGAACCAGCGUAAUGUUUUAAAAGCACAGACCACAGAGCCGUAGUGUUUGCAAAGUCAGACUGCUAAUGGUUUAGUUGUCAUUAAAUGAUUACUCCACUUUCAUAAAAAAUCCAGAUAAUUUACUCACCCCCAUGUCAUGCACCAUGUUUAUGUCUUUCUUUGUUCAGUCGAGAAGAAAUAAAGUUUUUUGAGGAAUAUUUUUCUCCAUAUAGUGCACUUUAGUGAACCUCAACGUUUUACAGUUUCAAUGCAGCUUCAAAGGGCUCUAAACGAUCCCAACCGAUCCCAAAAGGUUCUUAUCACUUUUGCCAAAUAAAGUACUUUUAAACCAUAACUUCUUGUCUUGCACUAGCUGUGUGACUCGGCAGUGCGAACUUGCGUAUUUGGUAAUCACGUGGAAAGGUCAUUAUGUGAUUACGUAAUGUAUAAAGUUGCGCUGGCGCAUCACACGGCUUUUGCAAGAUGAGAAGUCGUGGUUUAAAAGUACUUAUUUUUUAUUUAUUUUUUUUACGAAAAUUAUGAUCGUUUCACUAGAUAAGACCCUUAUGCCUCGGGUGGGAUUGCUUUGAGCCCUUUGAAACGGCAUUGAAACUGUAAACCGUUGAGGUCCACUAAAGUCCACUAAAUGGAGAAAAAUCCUGGAAUGUUUUCCUUUAAAAAAAAAAUUAUUUCUUCUCAACUGAAAAAAAAACAAACAUUUUGGAUGACAUCUUGGUAAACAACAUGAUCUCACAAAGUUCCGUGGGAUAGUCACGAAAUUUUUUUUUGCUAAUUUUUCCGUGGCAUUCUCACGGAUCGCCACGGACUUUCUUUUCCGUGGCAUUCUCACGGAUUGGUUACUUAACUGCUUUUUCCUAUUUUCAAACCAUUGUCGCUUCGGUUUAGGGUUAGAUUUGGUGUUUGCGUUAGUAUGUCACUUUAAGUAUUUGUUUAUACUAAUUUUUUUGAUGUAUUCUUUUAUAUUUUCUAAACUUUAAUCAAUUGUCGCCUGGCGUUGGGGUUAGAGUUGGGUUUGGGUAGGGAUGUCAUUUCAUGUAAAUCUAACCCUAAACCGAAGCGACA